AUGACGGACUGGAAGUCUUUCUGGAUUAGAGGAGGAAUAAUAUCCCAAGUUGCUUGGAUUAAUGACGAAAUUAUUGCAUGGUGUUCUGGAAUCUAUAUCGUUUUUUUCAACAUCAUUAAUUGUACAGAAAAUAUUUUUACUUCAUCUUCUUAUGAUGGCGCUUGCUGUAUUGCUGGGAAUCCAAAGGUUAGCGUUUUUGCUUUUGCUGAGAGAUGUGAAAGGCCACGAAUUUUAGUCUAUUCUUAUCCUCAAUUAACGUUAAUAUCUGAGUGUUUGAAAGGAACGGAACAUGCUUAUUUAGCAGUAGAACUGACUUCUUCAGAUUACCUGGUGUCAUUAGACUCUCACCCGACAUAUUUGCUCAUGAUUUGGAAUUGGAAGAAUGGAGAGCAAUUAUUUGUUAUAGAAACUCCUAUUAAUGAUCUUCAAGGACAAAUAAUUAAAGUGGCUGACUGUAAAAUGAAGUCGAUUGCUCAGCUAGGAAAAGAUUCAGGAAAAUUAGUAGUAUGGAAAAUAAUGAGUACUUCAACUAUAACAAUGUCUCAACAAGUAAUUUCACUUCCAGCAAAAGCUAUACCAGUUCACGUUGACUGGACAAUAAAAAGUGGCGUACCUGAACUGGCUAUCGUUGAUAAACAUGGUCAUGUUUAUCUUUUAAAUAAAGAAGGUAGUGAAAUAAAACGAAUAAUAUUCUCUCAACGAUGUGGAGUCUGCUUAGAGCACGAAAUGCCAAUUAUUUGUUGGUUUCAAGGUGGAAUCAUUCUUAAAACGACUUUUUGCCAAUUGAGAUUUUACCAAAAAAGUGAUGAAAAUGUUUGGAAGAAAACACAAUAUGUAAAGUCAAAUUUUAAACCUUACAUCUUGUUUCCACAUCCUUUCAAUAAGAAUCAAUUAUUUUACUGGACUACUGAAGGAUCCUUGAUGGAAAUGGAAUUAUCUGAUGGAACUAAUGCUCUCAAAACUAAAGAGAAGUUUAACUACGGAGGAAUUUAUAACUUCGUGGAUCUUGUCUACCCUUUAGGUCAGCAUCUCGUCGUCAUUGAUUACUCUUUAGGCCUUUCCAUUAGAGAUGUGAUGGAUGGCAAGGAAAUUAGUAAACUUAAUAUGGAAAUGGAAGGUCAAGUUUCUAAUCUAGUCUCUCAUCCUGAUUACCCAAUCAUAGCUAUCAUUACUACAAGUGGAGAAUUACUUCUAAUAAACGUCUUACCUGAAAACUUUUCUCCUUUUUUUAAAUGUCGACUCCAAAAUGAAAAAUUGGAUCUUCUUAAAUUUUCUCAGUGUGGUAGACACCUAAUCGUUGCCCAGAAAUUAUCCAACAUAUGUUAUUGUAUUAUUUCUGAUAGAAAUUCAUUCUCUAACAUUUAUCAAGUUGAAACAAGAAUAAAGAUCAUUGAUUUUGUUUUAUUUGAAGAAAAAGGCAUUCUACAUCUAUGUUUACUUGCUCUAUCAUCUCCUAAAGCAUUAGUAGGUAAUUAUAUAGUUAUUUUCACACUUGUUCUAGGUGAAGCAAAUUUUAAGAAGACUUGUGUCAAAAUUUUACCUAGUUUUUAUCAAUGUAUUGAUUGUUUAGCAAUAGAUCCAGUAAUUUUAGUUACUACUCCUUAUUUAUCAAGACAGAUUCAUUAUUUCAGUAUCGAAGUGGGCACCAAAAUAAGUCUGAUUAAUGUUAAGAAAACAAAUAAUCAACUUAGAAGUUUGAAAAUUAAUACAAAUCGAUAUUGUAUUACUGUAAGUGGAUAUGAUGGAUUAAUAACGGUUUUUGAUGAAGAAGAUUCUUCAAAACCGACAUUUACUUUAUCUUCACAUCAUAGAAAAGACUUCGGGACAUCUAAAGCUAUUUGUAUUCCUUCAAAAGGUUUAUUAAUUUCCCUAGGAAAAAAUGGUUCGAUAAUUUGUUUAAUAUCCGAAGUAAAUAAUCGAAAAAAUUUAACCAAAGGUCAUUAUUCUGAUGUGGAUUUAAAUAUCUUCAAUGACCUGCUAGGAGAAUGUAAAAUAAUUCCACCAAGUAAUGGAGAAUCAAAGAAAAAUUGGGUUGAAUGGCAGAAAGAAGAGAAGUUGAAAAAAGAAGUAGUAGAAUUUCGAGAAAAAAGGUUGAAUAUUAAAAAUGACUUGGAAAUCAUUAAAAAUAAAAUAGGAAAAUUGUUGGACGAUAAUGAAAAUGCUCCUGAAGGAGUGAAAUUACCAAUAUCAAUUUUUGAUUUAGCUAGAUCUGCUAGAGAACAGAGAAUAAGAAUUACAAGAGAGACAAAGAAAGAUUUACAAUUAAAGUUAGAAUUUGAAUCUUCUGCAAUGAAUAAAGUAUCUAAUUGGAUUAAAGUAAAAUUUUGGAAUUCGCAAAAAGUUUUAGAUCAAUCUUUAUUUUCUAUUCUGAGUGAUACAGAAGUUACCAAUUGUUCAGCAGCUGUUCAAGAUCCACAAGAAGAACAAAUGACUUCUUGGCUGGAGUAUUACGAAAAGACUAAGAAAAGUAGGAUAAGUAUGAGUUCAGAGAAGUCUGGACAUUUUUUAUUAGUGAGAAAUAAAUAUAAUCCAAGUUGUCAAGAUGAAAAAUCAGUUAUAGAGAGUCUGAUGAUUGAUGAUAAAGAAUAUGAAGAUGAAGAAGAAAGAAAGGAGGAACAGCAAGCAAGUAGUGGUACAACGACUCAUAAGUUUGUCAAACCACUCAGCCAAUACUCUCAAUACCAAGAUUAUUCUUUUCCUGAAUUUAUUUUUAUGACUAAAAAUAUUUUUGCUGACAUUGAACAAUUAAGAAGUUAUUUUAAUGAAGCAUUUUACCAAGUCCACCAAAUGAAGCAUAAGACAAUGACUUUUAUUAUAGAAAAAAAUGCUAAAAUUCGUCAAAUUGAUUCUGAAUUGACAUUGAUGUUCAAUCAAUCAGUUCCAGAAUUAUUUCCUGAUCCUCAAUGGCACCAGAGAGAACAGCCUGACUCUAUACUUGAAGUAUUAGACCAUGAAAUCGCUCAGAAAACUAUGUCUUCAUCACAGCAAGAUUUUUCAGACAAGAAAAAUGUCGAAGUAGAAAAUAUGCGGUUGUCUAUGCUAUCCACUGACUUUCGCGAAAAAGCAUUAAUGGAAAUGAUGGAUGGUGUACUAGAAAUGCGUUGGGUAGAUGUUAUUAAAAAAGAUAUUAACAAACCUUUGUGUAUACUUACGAAGAAACCAGAAGAAUACACUGCUGAAGACAUUCUAGAUAUCAAACAGUACGAGCUAGAAGUACGAGCUUUGAUGCAAGAAAGAGAGAAGUACAAGAGAAUUCUUGAGAAUGAUUUUGAAAAAGUAAUGAAAAUAGUAAAAGAAGAAAUUAAUAAAUUCAAUUCUCAUCUGCAUGAUUUGCUUGUAAAGAAGAUGAAAGUUGAGUCUGCUAUUCAACAAUUAAAUCUUUUGCGAGCACGAGAGUACAUCAGAGUUGUUUGUAAAAUGGAAAUGGGAAGAAACAUGCAAGAAAUUGAAGAAAAAAUUAGAAACAGAGAAAAAAGUAUUGAAAAUACUAAUCAGUUAAAUUACAGUCUUCAAAGAUUGCUUCAAGAUGUGAAAAAUCAAAGAAAAAUGUUAAUUACAAAAGAUAAAUAUAUUUCUAAAAAGUUAAUCGAUGAAUUGCGAUCAAUUGGAAAAAGCAAUAUAGAAAUUUUAAAAAAAGAGUUCAAGAAAAGACCCAGAGUAUCGUUAAAAAGUUUCACUGCUGGAGAAUUGAUUGAACUUGGGAAGUGUGUAAUUGGAUGUGGUAAUAUUGAAUAUUUAUUUGAUAACUUACUGAAGUAUUUAAAAUAUCUUAAUUCUUAUGAUAUACAACCAUCUGAUUUGCCAGAUUCAAUUACUUCCUAUUACUGGGAUCGUUUUGUUGAAAUCAGGAGAAGUAAAAUAGAUAUCGAAUUAAAUUUGAGAGCUAAUUUAAGUCAAAUAAAUGAAAUUGAGGAGAGUAUAAAUGAAAAUAAAAUAAAAAUAAGAUGCUAUAAGGAAGAUGUUGGAAGUCUAGAUGAUCAAUUAAUUCAAGUAGAGAGAGAUAUUGUGGAAUUUGAGUCUAAUAUUGAAAUACAGUUGGUUUUGAAAAUGGAACAAAUAGAAUCUAGUUUGAAAGGUCAGCUUGGAGAGACAGAAAACUUGAUUUUCAUUACUCGAGCAGAUGUUGAGAAAAUAAAUGAAAAAAUUAUUGAUGCUGGAGUUAAAAAAUUAAAGGCCAUGAAAAAAGAAAUGAGUUAUCAUAAAGAAAUCUUACUAAAAGAGUGGAGACAUAAGUUCUUAAGAAUGAAAUUGGAAGACUAUGGAAAUGAAUUACAUGAUGUUCAAAAACUUGUUGCCACUAAAUACAUUAGAGAGUAUUUAGCAGCUGAAGCUUUAGGAAAGAAAGAUUACUUGACCAAUCAACAAAUAGAGAAAAACCUUGCAGCAAUGAGAGAAAAUUUGAACAAAAUUUACAGAAACUCUGCCAAGAUGUUGGAGAAUGUUGAAGGAAAAAUCCAAGCAAUAAAAAAAGAAAAUAAUCAUCUGGACCAAGUGAUAAGUCAGAUGAGUUUGAAAAUAAAAGAAAUGGAAUUGAAGAGAGAUUUAGAAGGUGAAGAGCAGAAAAAGACAUUUUUUAAAAAGAGAUUCGAACUUGCUGUGAAGAGAUCUAGACUUGUAAGAGACAUUCAGAAAGAAUACAGCGAAGUUUUAGCUUUGCAAGCUGAAUAUCAAUCAUUACUUAUCAAGAGAUAUCCUCUCAAGUAUUCAUCAUAA